AUGAGUAGUACACCUGCGCUGACACGAAAGCCAGGAACUGGCCUAUUUGUGGAUACCAAAACAGACUUUUGCAUUGCUCUCUCGGAACGAGCGGAUGGACUGCUGGAAACCUCCAAAGCCAUCAAAGAAAUACAAACUGUGCUACUAGAUUCUUCUGCUUCCAAUGACGAGAAAACAAAAGCGGCAGACAAUCUAACAAUCCUCAUUAAUUACCUCCAACAAGAAAAUGCCAAACUGCAAAAAGAUGUUAGAGCUAUGGCACCCAUCUCUGGGUUCAACAGAGGGUAUCAACGAAUUGCCGCGGCCAACCGACAAGCCAUGAGGAAACAAGGACGAAUGACUUCCCUUCAAAAAGUGGAAACUCUAAUUGAUGAGGAUGAGAAUAAUAAUAAUACCGGAAACGCAAGUGCUUCCUCCUCCAAGAAACCGAAAGCCACUGCAGCAGCAACAACUCCUACCCCCACCACGGAAACUCCUACCCCCACCAAAGUCAUUCCCGAUAAGGAUGCUACAAUCAACUUUCCGCCCCCCGCCAAUGGCGAAACGUAUACUCGCCAUGAAUGUAUUCAGGUAGUGGAAAACCUUCAAGGAACGGCGGCAAAAGGCAAGAUCAUCGAAGCACUUCUAAAGUCAUCCUAUAUUCCGGUCAAGCAUUCGGCCCUCUACAGAAUGCUCAAAAAUUGGAAGGAACACAAAGCAGCAGGGUUCACCCUUCAUUCAUUUCCCAAUGACAGUUGGUUCAACCUUGGGCGACCACCACAUGCUCUUAUAUUUGAUGAAGUGGAAGGAAUUGUACGAAAACUGCCAACGAAACCUGGCAAAACCAAUGAACAGCUCAAUCAACAAAUGGACAGUCGGAAAAGGAAAAAGAGUGAAGCCAGCGGAAAAGUAGCUUUGUCAGAGUCAUCCAGUGCUUACUCCAAGAAACUCAAAGCCACGUCUGCUGCAACUCCAGCUACUACAACCCCCACCACCACCAAUAUCAUUCCCCAUGCUACACUUCCACCUCCCGCCAAUGGCAAAACGUAUACUCGCCAUGAAUGUAUUCAGGUAGUGGAAAAGCUGCAAGGAACUGCCGGAACAACCAAAGGCAAAAUCAUUGCGGACAUUCUCCAGUCAUCCUAUAUUCCCGUCAAGAAGGCGGCCCUCUACGAAAUGCUGAAACGAUGGAAGCAACACAAAAAAGCAGGUGGCACUCUGGAAACGUUUCCCAAUUAUGAUUGGCUCAACUAUGGGAGACCACCGUUUCUUUCCUUGAAUGAAGUGGAGGGCAUUGCACAAGAGCUGUCGACGACACCUGGCAAAGCCAUUGAUUUAGAAGAGCUCAAACAAAAGAUGGUCCGUCGGAAACGGGAGAAGUUAGAAGCCAGUGGAAAAGUACUUCCGUCAGAGUCUGCAGCUACACCAUCAAGAGAUACCUUGCGCAAUUAUGGAAUUCAGCUUCGGUUGAUUGGAGGGGCCAGUUGUCCCACCAACAGCAGUAAGAAAACAUGA